CUCUUUUCCUCUCCCUCUUCCCUCCCCCCACCCCUCUCCCUUUCCCUCUCCGUCUUCCUUUUCCCCUCCUCCCCUUUGCCUUGGCUCCUCUUCCCUUUUCCCUUCUCCCCUUUCCCUCUUCCCCUUUUCCUUCUCCUUCCACCUCCCGCCUUCUCUGUUCCUCCAGGUCCUGCCUGUUCGCCCCGCCCCCCCCUUCUUCCCCUCCCUCUGGUCCCGGAGCUCCUCCCUGGGGUGGGAGCGGCCCGAGAGAACUGGAGCUGAGCUUUUGGUCUCAUGUGUGAUGUGGGGGGCGGGCGGGGUCCAGGGGAGCGCCUGUGCCCCUUCCAUAGUGACUGGGCCGUUCUCCGCAGAGACUGGACAGGAUGUGUUUGUUACGCUCUUCCUACGUUCAAGGUCCUACUUCUUUGAAGCCUUUCGAGGUCACAAUUUUUCUUCUGAAUUUAUAGCUCUUCUUGACUAUCCUUCCUGAAGUUCAUUAUUCCAACUUGUGAACAGUUAUGAGUACCCCAGGAGCUUCAGUAACAGCCACAAUGAAGCUAAAACAGAACAUUAAUCCUAUUCUUUUAUAUCUCAUAAACUUUGUAAUUUUGGUCUACACUAUUUUAACGUACAUUCCAUUUUACAUUUUAUGUGGAUCGAGACAAGCAAGAUCCAAUCAAGUGAAAGCAAAGCCUGUAAGCAGGCAGCCGGAUGCGGCAUACCGCUCUGUUAACAGCUUCCAUCGGUUGGCUUCAGUGCUCUAUCCUGGAUGUGAUACGUUAGAUAAAGUUUUUAGGUAUGCAGAACAAAAAUUUAAGGACAACAGGCUCCUGGGAACACGAGAAAUACUAAAUGAAGAAGAUGAAAUGCAACCGAAUGGAAAAAUUUUUAAAAAGGUUAUUCUUGGAGAUUACAAUUGGCUGUCAUACGAAGAAGUUUUUGUUCGAGCCUAUAACUUUGGAAAUGGCCUACAGGUAUUGGGGCAGAAGCCAAAGACUAAUAUUGCUAUCUUCUGUGAAACCAGAGCAGAAUGGAUGAUUGCCGCACAAGCUUGUUUUAUGUAUAAUUUUCAACUUGUUACACUAUAUGCUACUCUAGGAGGUCCAGCAAUUGCACAUGGAUUAAAUGAAACAGAAGUAACCAACAUCAUUACAAGUAAAGAACUUUUGCAGACAAAAUUGAAGGACAUUGUAUCUCUUGUUCCUCACCUGCGACACAUCAUAACUGUGGAUGGUAAGCCAACAACUUGGUCCGAAUUUCCCAAGGGUGUCAUUGUUCACACAAUGGCAGCUGUACAGGCUUUGGGAGCAAAGGCACACUCAGUAAAUAAACCUGAAAGCAGGCCUGUGCCUUCAGAUAUUGCUGUAAUCAUGUACACAAGCGGAUCUACAGGACUUCCAAAGGGAGUUAUGAUCUCUCAUUCGAAUCUUAUUGCUGGUAUAACUGGGAUGGCUGAAAGGAUUCCAGGACUGGGAGAAGAAGAUGUUUAUAUUGGAUAUUUGCCUCUUGCCCAUGUUCUAGAAUUAAGUGCUGAGCUUGUUUGUCUUUCUCAUGGAUGCCGCAUUGGCUAUUCAUCACCGCACACUUUAGCAGAUCAGUCAACGAAAAUUAAAAGAGGAAGCAAAGGAGAUACAUCCAUUUUGAAACCAACGCUAAUGGCAGCUGUUCCGGAAAUCAUGGAUCGAAUCUACAAAAAUGUCAUGAAUAAAGUGAAUGAAAUGAGCAGUUUUCAACGCAAUUUAUUUAUUUUGGCCUAUAAUUACAAAAUGGAACAGCUUUCUAAAGGCUAUUGUACUCCACUUUGUGACAGGUUUGUUUUCCGGAAAGUACGAAGCCUGCUAGGUGGACAAAUCCGUAUCCUUCUAUGCGGAGGUGCUCCACUCUCUGCAACAACUCAGCGAUUUAUGAAUAUCUGUUUCUGCUGUCCUGUUGGUCAGGGCUAUGGACUCACUGAAUCAGCGGGGGCUGGAACAAUCACUGAAGUUUGGGACUAUAAUACAGGGAGAGUUGGAGCACCAUUAAUUUGCUGUGAAGUCAAAUUAAAGAACUGGGAAGAAGGUGGAUACUUUAAUACAGAUAAACCACGUCCUAGGGGUGAGAUUCUACUUGGUGGCAAGAAUGUGACAAUGGGCUACUACAAAAAUAAGGAAAAAACACAAACUGAUUUCUUUGAAGAUGCAAGGGGACAGAGGUGGCUUUGUACGGGAGAUAUUGGAGAAUUUGAUCCUGAUGGGUGUUUAAAGAUUAUUGAUCGUAAAAAGGACCUUGUAAAACUUCAGGCAGGAGAAUACGUCUCUCUUGGAAAAGUUGAGGCAGCUUUAAAGAAUCUCCCAUUAAUAGAUAACAUCUGUGCAUAUGCAAACAGUUAUCAUUCUUAUGUCAUUGGAUUUGUUGUGCCAAAUCAGAAGGAACUAACAGAGCUAGCUCGACAAAAAGAACUGAGAGGGACUUGGGAGGAGAUCUGUAAUAGUCCAAUAAUGGAAAAGGAGGUGCUAAAAGUGCUCUCUGAGGCUGCUGUUUCAGCAGGUCUGGAAAAGUUUGAAAUUCCAGUAAAAAUUCGUUUGAGCCCAGAUCCAUGGACCCCUGAAACUGGCCUGGUGACUGAUGCCUUCAAACUAAAACGCAAAGAACUUAAAACACAUUACCAAGCGGACAUUGAGCGAAUGUACGGAGGGAAAUGAUCGUUCUCUUUUUGCACCUCUUUGCUACAGUGAGCUCAGAUCAAAUAGGAAAAUACUUGAAUUGCAUGUCUCAGUCUUUGAGACAAACACCAUUCCUCAUUUUAAGCCUAAACUGUUAUUUCUCAUGACAUUACCAUCUUUUACUGACAGGAUUAGUAAAAUUUUAAGACAGCAAACUUGUGUCUGUCUCUUCUUUUUUUUUUCACCCCAAUUUAUUUCACUACCUAUGACUAUAUUAUAUUUGUCAGUUUGUGGAUUUUCCUGAAUCAUAUUGGGGAAGCAAUGAUUUUGAAACCUCAGAUUUUUAAAAAUGAUUUAUAUAUCCUGUAUAAUGUUCAGUUUGUAACUUUUUAAAGUUUGGUUGUAUAGAGGGAUAACUAAGAAAUAUUAGAAAUGGUUACUUUGGGGGCCUUUUUUACUUACAGUAUUUAAAAGCAAAAGGAUCUUUAUGUGAAAUUAUGUAAAUUUCAAAUGCUUAUUAAUCAAAUCAUUGUUGAACAGAAGAUCAGAUUUGUUGUUGUGUAAUUAUUGUCUUGUAUGCAUUUGAGAGAAAUAAAUAUAUCUAGGCUUAUGAUUUAAAAGAACAACAUCUUGUGAAUAUGUGCCUGACAGUUUCUUCUUUAAAUAUUUAAUUUUAAAAUGGGAAAUAAUGAAGUUUAGUCAUGGCACUGUAUAUAAUGAGGCAAUAUAUAAUGAGGUCAUACUUUAUUAAUUCAGAAGAAACUUAACAUAGCCAGUGUAAUGCCAGUUAGUAACUAUCUUCUAAUGGUUUACCUUCAAAUUAAUUCAGACAAUUUUAUACAAAUUUUGUAACUAGGAAGACACUGAAACUGUUAAAGGAAAACAACUCUGAAGGUUUGACAAAGUAUUUUUAAAAGGUGGAAGUUUAAAAAGCCAAACACCUUUUAUCUACAUCAGCCUUAUACACAUUCAGGUUUCUAUAUUUUGCUACACAUGAAUCAUUGAAAACUGUCAUAUUUCCUAGCUGUAGUCCAAAUGGUUUGAUUAUUUCUUUUUAAUUUAGGAUUAUUUUCUUGGAUAUAAUUUUGCACCAGGUUGUAUUUAUUUUAUGUGCUAUAUGUUGUUUGGAUAUUGACCCAAGUUCUUGUAAAGAAGUCUUCAACUUCACUUUUUUUGCUAAUAAUUAUUAAUGUGCUUAUCUUGAAGGUUAUGAAUAAAAAUGGGCCAUCUGGGAUUGAAAAAAAUGUUCUCAAGGUUACAUGGUAAUUUAGAAGACAUUCUUCUAUUAACCUUAUAAUGAGAGAAGUGUCAUGAUUUAAUUUGCAGGUUUUUCUGUAUCACUAGACACUGUUCUUGAUUCCUAAAAUGCUCCUAUCCUACUAGAUAAGCUUUUUGAAAUGCUUAGGAUUUAUCAAACAUUACCCAAGGAAUUUGAGAGUAUGGCAUCAAAGGUGGUAUCACAAAAAUUGAAAUGUGCGCAAAUCAAUGCUUUUUAAUUCAUAGGCACAAUUUUCAGCAACACUUUAUAAAAAUAUUUUGUACCUAUUAACACAAAAGCACAGUUGAUAGAAUUAACUACACCUCAGUUACUUUAGGUGUAAAAAUAAAGACAAAGAUAUUAAAUAUUUGGCCCUCUGUUACCUGGGUAAGAUUCCCUAAAAUUGAAUGUAGGUUGCUUGGCUGAUAGGUUUUGGUUGCAUCACAAAGGUGUCCCCCCCUGGAGAAAUAGAUAAUUUCUUUUGUGGCUUCUCUUAUUAUCAUGUUUUUGCAUAUUUUUCUCUGCCAUAGAUGCUUCCUUUAUAAAGUUUAGAACAAUUUCCCAGAGGAAGUGUUUUUUUAAAAUAAGAAAAGAAUUAAAGGGAUGUCUUGAAGUGGAAUAAGAAGGCCUUCCUUCUAUAUCUGUAUUGAUAGAUGAAGUAGAAAGCCUUAGAUUCAAGGAAAGUGGAGAUUAGAAACAGUUAAAUUACCAAGUUUAUUGCAUACAUUUUACCUGGCACAAGGAUUAAGAAGAAUAAGGAAAUGUAGGUUUGCUGCAAAUGGAAUAAAAAAAAACAACUUUCAAAAAGAAGCAUAGUUGACAUGCUAUUUACUGCCAUGCUUUUUUUUUUUUACCUCAUAGAAUAUAAUUCCCAGAAGGGAAGUAGUUUCCAGAUUUGAGAUUUUGUUACAUUCUAAAAUAUCCUUUCUUCUAGUAGGAUGGUGCACUUAAGAAAGGUAGAGCUUAAUUACAAAAGAAUCACUCAUUAGAUAAUCAAAUGAGUAUGUAUUUCAGAACUGAAUUGAAAGUAUUUUUCUUUUUCUUUCCAGAAACAGCUAAUGAGACUUAGCUGACUUUAUUACUCACUUACUCUCUCAUUUAUUGAUAUGCUAAAAGUUGAGCAUUUGUUCAGUCCACCAAACUAGAGCCAGACACCUAUGACCACAGCAAAUAAGAAUGUUGAUACUUAAAUAGAACAACUUUUUAAGUAAAUAGAACAACAGUUAAUCUUGCAUUGUAAUUGGGAAAAUUAAGUAACUUUAAAAUAUUUUAUUGUGAGAGAUACUAAGUUAAUUGGGAGACAGGACAGGUAGGAAAGGGGGAAAAAAACCUCAGUUAUAAAGUGUUCCUUAGCUUUGGCAUUGUGUUUGGAAAAAUUAAGAUGCACAUCAAAUUGUGUCACAGUGUAGAUGUUAGAAGACUUGUUCUUAAGAGAAUAGGUAUGUUUUCUGGAAUUGAUUGGGAAAAUGAGACAUCAGAAGAGUUCUCACAAGUUUGUUGAUGCAAUAAUCUCCAUAAUUCCCAGAAGAUAAGAUAUGCCCACCAAGGAAGCAUUCUUCUUUUAGUAAAAUAGUUUGCUGAAAUGGAAGCUAAAUUCAGUGCAAAAUUCAGUCCAUGACAUUAGGUGAUGUCAAUUCUCUAAGUAGUAAUAAUCUUUUUUAAAGUGUGGACUUGAUAACCUCUAUAAAAUCCCAUGGAGCUUGUCAAUUUUUCUAGCACCUGCCAGCAAAAAUAGGAUAGCCUGGCAUACAUUUUUGUAUUUGCUGCCAAAAUUCACAAGCUUAUAAACAUUUUUGUAUUUAAACUCUUAAAAGAACCCUGUGAUGCAACUUUUUUUAAAGCUGUGAUGUGUGUUCAUUUUCUUGGGCCUGUAAGAAAAUUGUAUACAUCUGUGUUUUAUAUAAAAUGGUCUACUUUUAAACAGUGUACAUAUUGGACCAUGCUGAAAAUGUAACUGAAUGACCAGUUGUAUAUUGUAAUUGGUUAUUUAAUGUAAACCCAUUUUCAAUGUAUUCUUGGUUGUCGCUCUUAUCUGCCUGAAAAAAGUGUAUAUCAAAGAGUUAUGUUGUAUGGAUUAUUUAUUUGUAAUUGGACAUGUUUCAAGAAUAAAGAAAUGUAAAAUAAGUUUCUCAAGUUAAA